AUGAAUAAGUCAUUUAUUGCAAUUGGUGCUGAUAUACAAACUCGAGCACUGAGCGCUUGCUUUGCUGCCGAUAAAAUUCAUCAUGUAAUUGAUACAAUGUAUGGCGAUGAAGAACCGAUUAGUUAG